GGAUCGGGUUUAUCGGACCCGGAAAAUUUGGACUACAUCCUUCUUUGAAGAGUCGCAUUCAAACAAUGGUUACCACGAUCUUGUUACCUUAUAAUUUUGGCAAAAACCAGCAUAUACCUAUUGACGACGAGAAGAAAGAAAGCCUAAAAAAGUUGCUUUCACAUUUCCAAGCACCAAUACGAUAUGCUUUUGCAUACGGGAGUGGCGUAUUUCCGCAAAAAGGAUAUGAAAAUGCAAAGGCAAAUAUAUUCUUUUAUUUUUGGCUGGCAUAUAUGACAAUUAGUACAAAAGCAAAUCAACAUCGAAAUCAUUAUUCCUUUGUCGGGAUGUUUGGUAGUCGCGCGGUGGCAAUGCUACAAGAGAAAAUUGAUGCCGGUGUAUACUUUAAUCCGUAUGUGGAAAUUGAUGGCAUGUUGAUCAAAUAUGGGGUCGUAUCGAUUGAUACCUUGUGCAAAGAUCUGUUGGAUUGGGAUACGCUUUAUGUAUCGGGAAGAAUGCACAAGCCGAUAAAGAUUCUUAAAGAUAAUGCUCGCGUACGAUUAGCUAAUCAAGUUAAUUUAGUAAGUGCGUUCAGGACAGCUUUGUUGCUUUUACCGAAAAAUUUCACUGCGGAGGAAUUAUAUAUAAAAAUCGCCGAAUUGUCUUAUCAAGGUGAUUUUCGUAGAUAUGUGGGCGAAAACCCGAAAAAGGUACAUAACAUAGUUUUGCGACAGAUGGAUAAUUUCAGUUUGUUGUAUGGAGGAAUUGUGACACAGUUUCCGAAUGUGGAACAUAUAGGAAAUGAUUUAUUUCAGCAAAAUGAUGAUCCAAAAAUUCGUGCUAGAUUAGUACAGAACUUGCCGAGAACACUUAAAGGAAAAAUCAAAGAGAAACAUCGAAAUCAACUAUUACGAAUAGGACAGCAUCUUCCACAGGAUGAUUUUAGUGCGUGUAAAAGCAUUGCAUCUUCCCCCGAUUGUAUAAAAUACUUGAAUUCAGGUAUCACCGAAAUUGUAUUCUGGCCAGCUCUUACGCAAAGCACAAAAGGAGUUCUAACAGCAGGAUUUUACAAUAGCUCAAGAUAUAUCGGAAAUAAAUUGAUAAAAUGGGCGCGAAGGAAAUAG